CCAAACAACUCUAGCAAGUCACUUUUUCUUUGGCCAUUUCCUCUAAAAACAAGAAAGUUCCAUUUUAUCUUCCAAAAUCAAGACCAAUCUUCACUUUUUUUUUCUUAAAUCCCAAGAGCGCCAUUUUCUCUCCUUUAACAAUGAACACAAUUUUGGCAAACCAUUAAAGAGAUGAUAAAUUUUAUGGUGGUCUUUUUGCAUGGUUAGAUGCUUGAACGGAAACUAUUGUUGUUAUCUAACUGCGGAAACCAAAAGAGCUUCAUUCCACUUUUCUGGACGAAGAGUGUACUAUGGUUAUUCCUUGGGAUUUAUUUAAAGUUGCUAUGUGCAAAAGAUUUGUUGAUUGUUGAUCGUUCCUCUCUCUCCCUCUCCCUCUCUCUCUCUCUUUAUCUUUCUCUUUCUCUCUGUUGCAAAUUGAUCAUAUACGGGAGGUGUUUGCGAUGCCUACUGUGCUGCAGAAUCUUGAUUUCUGCACGAAACUUUAAGACGAUCGCGUGCAUGAGUCAUACAUGGCUUCUUGUUUCUGUACUUAUGUCCCCUGCUGGUUCUGUUGUUGUUUCAUCUGAAGAAUCAUUAGAGAAGGCAGGGCACCAAACUGGAAACAACACUCUUCAGAAGAUAGACCCUCAGCUUCAGUUUCAGAUGGAAGUCCACGGCUUCAUGCUUUGGGCAUCUGUUGGUCUUCUGACUCCCGUUGGAGUGGUUUUGAUGAGAAUGUCACACAGAGUAGACUGUAGAAAAAAAUUGAAGAUCCUGUUCUACCUUCAUGCUGUUUUGGAGAUCAUCUCUGUUUCGCUGGCAACUAUUGGAGCUAUCAUGGCCCUCAAAAACUUCGAGAACAAGUUCAACAACACCCACCAAAGGAUUGGCCUUGCUAUCUAUGCACUUCUUUGGCUACAACCCUUCGUUGGCUUAUGCAGGCCUCACAGGGGGAUCAAAGGAAGAAGUUCUUGGUAUUUUCUGCAUUGGCUGCUUGGAACAGGAGUAUCAUUGUUAGGGUUCCUAAACAUCUAUAUUGGUCUUUAUGCUUACCAUAAUAGGACCUCCAACAAUGUGACUGUGUGGGUCAUCCUUCUCACCUCUGAAGUCUCCUUCAUUUCUUUUCUUUACCUGUUGCAAGAUAAAUGGGAUUAUCUGCAGAAGCAAAGGUCAUUUCUUGGAGCAGAAGAACCAAUUCGACCAACACAUCAAGUUUCUUCACUCGCAAACAAAAUGGGUGGUUCACAUUCAUGACAUAGAGAAGACUCUUUUUUUGGUUUCCAGGAUUUUUUUUUUUCCAAGACUCGUUAUUUUUUUUUUCUUUCUUCAUCAAUAAUUUUGCAGAAUGUUAGUAGCAAGAAGGAACUAAGUUUAUGAACUCCACGUCCUGUGUAGAGAGUUCAUGGAAUUAGUUUCUUUGCUAUUAUGCCAAACAUUCUAAUGACAUGUGAUAUCCAACAGCAAGUCUAUACCUUAUGAAAUUGCUGGUUUCUUACAGUCGAAUGAAAAUAUUUUCACCCUUAUAUAUAUUCAACAGGAACACACACACAUACAUACAUACAUACAUACAUACAUACAUAUAUAUAUAUAUAUAUAUGUGUGUGUGUGUGUGUGUGUGUGUGUGUGUCAUCCGUUGGUAUAUGUAUCUGUGUAUCUGUCCUUCAAGACAUGCAUGUUGGGCCAAAGUGUAUUCAACAAAGGUCCUUUUGGCAAAACAUGCGACCCUUGAAGACUCAAAAAUGAAGACAUCUGUCUUUAUUCAAAUACAUAAUCAUUUGCUGCCUUAAUUUGUGCCUUAAAAUUGUUGAUCUUAACUAUUAUCAGAUAAUUCAAAUGGCAUUUUUGUAGUCAGAUUGCAAAAAAACGAAAUUCAAAUCUUCAGGCUCUGAAAAUUCUUAGGGUGACAAUCAAUGACCCCAAGAAAUGGCUAUAAGCUGGACCAGUCAACGCUGCCUUCCGAGAGUACAGAAAUUCUAGUUGGUGCAGACCGGAGCCAAUUUGUGUCUGGUGUGGGCACACAAAGUUAGUUUAAUAUUAUGUUAAUAUUUUGAUGUAUUUGAUUGUUAUACAUAUAAGUACCCCUAAAUAAAUUAAAGAUAUUGAAUGACUGUC